GAAAAAGUUUUCAAAAGUUUAUUACCUUUUUUUCCUGUGUGUCUUUUAUUCCCAAACAAAGAAUUCACUGCAAAUCAUGUAAGAUGGCUUCCAUGAUCAAACCACGACUGGAAGAAAAUGAUAUCUGUUCAGAAGUCAUGGAACCCAUUUCCCUUUCUGACCCACCCGAUGUCGAAUCUCCACACUGUUCGGUAAAUGAUGACAAAAAUAAUGUUCAAACUGUUGUUCUCGAACAGAACAAGAACAUUUUGGUUACUUUGUGGGAAAGUCUGAUUAGGAUGAAAAGAGUUGCCGAGGAUCAAUUGCUACAACAUUGCACUGGUGACCGUGUUGAUAGAACUAGAGCAUACCAUGUUUGGCCAGGAAACAAUGUAUUUUUCUUCAGAGGACGACUCAUUUGUGGCCCGGAUCCAAGAGGGUUGCUCUUGACUGCUGUUUCUAUUAGCCUUUCAAGUUGGAUUUUUUCUGUUUAUGUUUCACAAGAUCUGCCAAAUCGCCCCGGUCUCAUAAUCAUCUUUUCUACAAUUUUAACCCUAAUAGUUCUUGUUAACUUGAUAGGGGUUAGUAUGAUUGAUCCGGGCAUUAUUCCCAGAAAUGAUCAAUCAUCGGUUGAAGAAGUUGGUACAAGUGAUAGAACCAGAAAAAAGAGGAUAACUGUCAAUGGAAUGGAAGUGAAAUUGAAGUAUUGUUGGACCUGUAAGAUUUAUCGACCACCCAGAUGUUGUCACUGUGCUAUCUGCAACAAUUGUGUUGAGAAAUUCGAUCACCAUUGUCCAUGGAUUGGUCAAUGCAUUGGAUUGAGAAAUUAUCGAUUUUACCUGACAUUUUUAGCCACAGCCUUUGUGUUUUUUGCCUACAUUUUUGCAUUCUGCUUCUGGAGAAUCCAUAAAAGAGUGUUCAAAGCUGGCACAGGAUUGCUUGGCUUGCUAAGGAACUGCCCUGAAACAGUGGCAUUGGCAUCAUUUAGUUUUGCUGCUAUUUGGUUUUUGGGCUGCCUUGCUUCUUACCAUGUCUAUUUGAUUGCCAUAAAUCAGACAUUUUACGAGAAUUUCCGAAAGUGCUAUGUGGGCUCUAAAAACCCACAUGAUAAAGGGGUUUUAAGCAAUAUUAAGGAGGUUUUGCUUGUGCCAUUGCCACCAUCUAGAGUCGACUUCCAAGCAGAAAGUAACACCCAAGUGGUUUGGACGCUGUGAUAGUAAUGUGAGGUGAUUUUUUUUUUUUUUUUUCCUUUCUUUUUUCAUAAUCAAAUUCGGGUUUAAAAAAUAGAACCUAGGUUGGCAACAAAUUGAAAGUAUGUUGUUUAAAUUCUUUAGUUAUUUGUUUUGGCUGA